AUGCAAUUCAGUAAUUACUCUGUGGUGGACAUAGACGAUUACAUUGGACGCACUUUGGGUCCCAAACACUUGGGCUACGUGUGGUUGCUGCCACUCACAGUGGUAUACGUUCUAAUCUUCGUGACUGGACUUGUGGGCAAUGGCUUCACGUGCGUCGUCAUUACCAGAAAUCCCUACAUGCACACGGCUACGAACUAUUACCUCUUCAAUCUGGCAGUGGCAGAUAUGCUCACCCUGGUGUGCGCCAUGCCCUUGGAGAUGUACAGCCUGUGGCACCAGUACCCGUGGCAGCUGGGAGAGUGGGCCUGUACAUUGAGGAGCGGCGUGUCGGAGGCCACUUCCUGCGCCUCGAUCCUGACCAUCGUCACGUUCAGCUGCGAGCAGUACGGCGCAGUGUGCCGAGUGCUGCGCCCCCAAGUCUCUGCCAGACAGAAGCUGAUCAGAGCAUUCAAGUUCAUAUUCCUCAUUUGGGUGGUGUCCAUUGCGGCCGCUGCUCCGUAUGGAAAAUACACUCGAGUCAACUACCUGAAAGUAAAUAGGAAAACACUACUGGACGAAUCCGCCUGGUGCGGCUUUCCGUUCAACGACCCCAAAAAGGAAUGGGAGAUGCUGAUGCUGUGUUCCACGAUCCUGUUCUUCGUGGUGCCCAUGGUUGUGAUAACGGGGAUCUACGUGCGCAUCUCCCUCGUCCUCUACCGAGCAAGAAACCUGUACGAGGACGACGCCGGGGUUCCCAGAAACGAAGCCUAUAGGAGGCGCAUUCGUUCACGGAGGACUGUCAUUCGCAUGCUGAUCGCUGUAGUCUUCGCCUUCUUCGCCUGUUGGGCACCCUACCAUUCACAAAGACUGCUCUUCCUGUACGUCUCACUGUACGGAAAAUGGACUGAACCCUUGAGGAAAGUCAACGAGACUCUCUUUUCUGUAGCAGGGUGCUUCUUCUAUCUGAACUCGACCAUCAACCCUGUUCUUUAUAGUGUCAUGUCGAACCGCUUCCGUGCCGCUUUCAAGGAGGAAAUCAGAGCCUGGAAAUGCAAGUGCCAGUUGCUUUGCUACUGGAAAUCCGACGCUCAAAGAUCCGACUCUUUCUCAUCUCCCUCACAACCGCCAGCGCCGAUGGCGGAGCAGUGUGUGUUGCCUAUGAUAGCAUUGGGAAACGAAAGAGCUCCCGAACUUAAAAGGAAGAAGUAUCGGCCGUCCGGAUUGCUAAAUAUGAUGGCUGAUUUUCUUGCCAAUCGUCUGUCUGCAGCCGGGGUGUCCCACGUGGUGAAAGCUCCUUCUCCCUGGCGCAGGUGGUUUUGGCUCUUCAUCAUACUGCUCACCGCGGUAGCUAUGUCUACCAUGACGUACAGAGUGCUGCAAGAGUAUCUUGCGUACCCCACCAUUAUGCGGUCCAAGAAUCAAGCAAUGAAGGAACUGGAAUUUCCUGCGGUUACACUCUGUCCUUUAAAUCAAAUUCCUAAAAUGUUUGCUAAAGAAGCUGGACUAGAGUAUAUGUCCCAAAUGACCGAUGCCUUGGAUAAACUUGCAACUUACAAGUGA